AUGGCGCCAGCCCGAGAUCCCGCCAAGGAGGGUCUCUUGCGAGAGCAUGAAAGCUCCCGACGCACCUCAACCGAAUCUGAUGAUGACUUGGACCUGGACGAGCUGACCAAGGAUGGCGAUGCCAUCACUUCAUCCUCAAGGGACUCAUCGCGAUUGACAGACUCCAAGCAGCGCAUCCCCGGCCGCCUGUCAUGGAUGUUGCCUCGACGCAUGCGCAAGAGCCGGUGCUGCAUCGCCGUCCUUGUUGUUGUGGCCAUCAUCAUCAUGCUGCUCGCUGCUGGCGGCGCCUUCGGAUACAAGAAGCUCAAGAUUAGACCGCUCGAUGGAAAAUCUCCGCCGUGGUAUCCCACUCCAAGGGGCGGUUCCGUGCAUCAAUGGGCUGAUAGCUACAAAAAGGCCGCUGAGAUGGUGGCCAACAUGACCCUGGCGGAGAAAGUUAACAUAACCACUGGAACCGGAUGGAGCAUGGGGCUUGCGGUUGGAAAUACGGCACCGGCGGUUCAUGUGGGAUUUCCUGCAUUGGCUCUCCAGGAUGGGCCGCUGGGCAUUCGUUUUUCGGACAAUAUCACGGCUUUCCCGGCUGGAGUGACCGUUGGAGCGACGUGGAAUAGGAAGCUCAUGUAUGAGCGAGGCAAAGCCCACGCACUUGAAGCUCGUGGCAAGGGCAUCAACGUCCUCCUCGGACCCGUUGUUGGCCCAUUGGGUAGAAUGCCUGCUGGCGGGCGAAACUGGGAGGGCUUCGGGGCCGAUCCAUAUCUCUCGGGUGUCGCGGGCUACGAGACCAUCAAGGGCAUUCAGGACCAGGGCGUCAUGGCUACCAUCAAGCAUUUCAUUGCCAACGAGCAGGAGCAUUUCCGCCAAGCCUGGGAAUGGGUGCUGCCAAACGCUCUCUCGUCCAACAUUGACGACCGCACCAUGCACGAGGUGUAUGCCUGGCCGUUUGGCGAUGCUGUCAAGGCCGGAGUUGCCAGCGUCAUGUGUUCCUACAACAUGGUCAAUAACUCAUACGCCUGCGGAAACUCUAAGCUACUUAAUGGUAUUCUUAAAGAUGAACUAGGAUUCCAGGGCUUCGUCAUGUCCGACUGGCUGGCACAGCGAUCCGGCGUUGGGAGUGCCCUGGCUGGCCUCGAUAUGAGCAUGCCAGGAGAUGGCCUGCGUUGGCAGGACGGCAACUCCCUAUGGGGCCCUAACCUCUCCCGCGCUGUCUUGAACGGCUCAUUACCCCUCGAAAGACUCAACGACAUGGUUAUUCGCAUUGUUGCCUCAUGGUAUCAGCUCGGUCAGGAUGACGAGAAGCUGUUUGACAGGAAAGGGCCCAACUUUUCUUCAUGGACUAAUGACAAAAUGGGUGUUACGGCUAAUCACUCCAUACUGGCUCGUCAGGUCGCCGCGGAGGGCACCGUUUUGCUCAUGAACGACGGUGUCCUUCCUCUCGGUCUUGAUGGUCGCUUGAGUGGCAUCUUUGGAGAAGAUGCUGGACCGGGCAAGGGGCCCAAUUAUUGUGAGGAUCAGGCGUGCAAUGACGGUACCCUAGGCUCCGGCUGGGGAAGCGGCGCUGUCGUGUUUCCGUACUUGGUCUCUCCAAUCGAAGCUCUCCGAAAAAAGUUUAACAAGGAAAAGGUCAAGCUUACCGAGCAUCUGAAGAAUGAUAAGCCGGCAAAGGACGUUAUCCAGAACCAGGACAUAUGCUUGGUGUUUAUCAACUCUGACUCUGGAGAAGGAUAUCGCACGUGGGAUAGCGUUCAUGCUGAUCGCCCUGACCUCAAGGCGCAAAAGGGUGGUGAAGUACUCGUCACCGAGGUCGCAAAAAACUGCGGCGGCGGUUCAGGUACGACAAUUGUCAUCAUUCACGCUGUCGGGCCCGUGACGGAGAGUGGAAAUGCCAUUGCAAGCAUCAUCUUUGGAGAGGAAAAUCCAAGCGGCAAACUGCCGUACACCAUUGGCAAGUCCCUCGGUGAUUACGGACAAGGCGGUCAAGUCAUGUAUCUGCCAAAUGGAGUCGUCCCGCAACAAGAUUUCAGCGAGGGCCUCUUCAUUGACUACAGGCACUUUGACAAGUAUAACAUCGAGCCUCGAUACGAGUUUGGAUUUGGGCUCUCAUACACAACUUUCGAAUACAAAAACCUCAAGAUUACGGAGACCAAGCCAAGAUCGCCUCUACCUGAUGAGCGUCCGGCAGCUCCAGAGGUUGAGCCCCCGAAAUUUGAUACUACUAUCCCGAAAGCUGAAGAGGCAUUGUUUCCAUCGAGUAUUCGCAAGCUCAAGAAUUACAUAUAUCCGUACAUCGAUUCUGUGGGUGACAUUAAGAAAGGCAAGUAUCCGUACCCUGAAGGCUACGACGUACAACAGCCCCUAUCUGGUGCCGGCGGUGGCGAAGGUGGCAACCCGUCCCUAUGGGAAUCUCACGUAACUAUAUCAGUGGAAUUGACCAACACGGGCAAGGUUGGAGGUAAAGCUGUGCCCCAACUAUACCUCUCAUACCCAGCCUCAGAUACGGUUGAAUUCCCAGUUAGAGUUCUUCGCGGGUUUGACAAGGUCCUUAUCGAAAAGGGGGAAACGAAGACGGUGGUGUUUAACGUGACGAGAAGAGACUUGAGCUACUGGGAUGUAGAAAGGCAGAAUUGGGUCAUUCCAGACGGAGAGUUUACAUUUGCUGUUGGGGAGAGCUCGAGAGAUUUGAAAGUUACGGGGACAUGGUGA